GAAAGACUAGAUCUUCAAUGAAUCGAACAUCUAUUCAAUUGUCAUUUAAUGCCCAAUAACAGAGUUUCAGUAAACUGAACUGUGAGAUGCCUGCCAAGAAUGUGCAAUAUUUUGCCUUUUUUACCUUCUGCUUGCUGUUUGUGCCAGUUUGCUGGGGGGCCAAUGGGAUCUAUGCCCAGAAACUGCUCAAUGAUUUAUUUAGAAACUACACAAGCGCGCUGAGGCCAGUGGAAGACACAGAAGACAUUCUGAACGUCACACUUCAGAUCACACUCUCCCAAAUCAUUGACAUGGACGAGCGUAACCAGAUUCUGACAGCUUAUUUAUGGAUACGGCAAGUCUGGAUUGACAAAUAUCUCACCUGGAAUAAGGCGAACUAUGACGGGCUUGAUACCAUCCGUAUACCUGGAAGUUAUGUAUGGAGACCUGAUAUAGUCCUAUAUAACAGCGCUGAUGAUCACUUCACCAGCACUAUGGACACCAAUGUUGUGAUCCGUCAUGAUGGCCAGAUCAUGUGGGAUGCUCCAGCCAUCACUAAAAGCUCCUGUAAAGUUGACGUCUCGUUCUUCCCCUUUGAUGCCCAGCAGUGUAGUCUGACCUACGGCUCAUGGACCUACAACGGCAACCAGCUUGACAUUCUGAACGCCAUGGAGAGCGCAGAUCUCGCAGACUUGGUGGACAACGUGGAAUGGGAGGUGCUGGGAAUGCCGGCCGAGAGGAAUGUCAUUCUGUACGGCUGCUGUGCAGACCCUUAUCCGGACGUGACCUACACUCUGAAACUGAAGAGAAGGGCUUCGUUUUAUGUGUUCAACUUGCUCAUUCCCUGUGUGAUGAUCUCUUUCUUGGCUCCGCUGGGCUUCUAUCUACCUGCAGACUCUGGAGAGAAGGUGUCACUGGGGGUCACUGUGAUGUUAGCACUCACUGUGUUUCAGCUGUUGGUAGCUGAGAUCAUGCCUCCCUCAGAGAAUGUUCCUCUUAUAGGAAAAUAUUACAUAGCCACAAUGACCAUGAUCACUGCAUCCACUGCCCUCACCAUCUUUAUUAUGAACAUACAUCACUGUGGCCCUGAGGCCAAACCCGUCCCAGACUGGGCCAAGAAAUUCAUCCUGCAGUAUCUGGCCAGGAUUUGCUUUGUCUACGAAGUCGGUGAGAACUGCAUGACCUCACAGCCAGAGAGACCAGAAGCACCUGAAUCCAAAAAGCACCUGAAAUCCAACUGCAACAUGAACGGCCAAGCUGGGAAAGAUGACUUUGUGUUCAAAUUUGAGAGAAGUCAGGAUGCCGCGUCUCCAAAGCUCCCAGGUGACACAGAAGAUGUGUCUCAGAUCAUGAGUCCGGCGUGCUCACUGGGAAAACACCCCACCUGUCAGUAUGGUGUGUGGAAGGAGGGAGUGUUCAUGAGCAUGGAUUGCGGUGAUGGGACGGCAGAGGCAGGAAAAGCCACAGAAAGAGGAGAGGAUGAAUAUCAUGAUGGUGGGCUCAAAGUGCAGUGCAAGUGUGAGCAGCAACAUCUCAUGAGGAAUAUUGAAUAUGUUGCAAACUGUUACCGCGAUCAGAGAGCCACAGCAAGAAGAACCGGAGAGUGGAAAAAGGUCGCCAAGGUUCUGGAUCGAUUCUUCAUGUGGCUGUUUUUCAUUAUGGUUUUCUUCAUGAGCCUUCUUAUAAUGGGGAAAGCCAUAUGAAAAGAAAUAAAGACAUAAAUGAAAGGCUAUAACUGAUUAUAUAAAAGAUGGCAUACAACCAGUUGGCCAUUACCACAAUAAAAGAUUACAGAUUAUUUAGCAUAAACAAUCAUCUUGAUAUAAAUUACCCCACUUACAGUAA